AUGGAACUCAACCGAGAACAUUUUUGCGCCAUAAUUUAUUACAACUUUCAGAGACAAUUAUCGCAACAAGAAUGCCUUGCUGAGUUACUGUCUGUUUUCGGCAACGAAGCGCCAUAUCAGUCGACAAUUUCCCGUUGGUAUGGAGAAUUCAAACGUAGACGGGUGAGUCUUAGCGAGGAUCCCAGGGUGGAAUUAGGAGUAAGGAAACUAGUUUCUCGUUGGAUACCCCACCUGUUGACUGAAGAGCAGAAAGCAGCCAGGAUGGUCGCGACAUUUGUGUCAAAAGCGGGUCAUAUUGCAACAAUUCCACUUAAUGAGCAAAGAAUCAUCCUCCACCAAGACAAUGCAAGCUCGCACACAGCUCAAAAAACUAGGCAGUAUUUAACGGAAGAAAACGUGGAAUUAUUGGGCCACCCUUCAUAUAGUCCCGAUCUAAGUCCUAACGAUUCCUUUACUUUCCCGAAAAUUAAAAACAGACUGCGUGGUCAAAGAUUCCAGUCACCAGAAGAAGCAGUUGACGCAUUCAAAAAUGCCGUUUUGGAUCUGCCAGCAAACGAGUGGAAUAAGUGCUUCGAAAAUUGGUUCGAGCGCAUGCAAAUGUGUAUUAAUCUUCGUGGAGAAUACUUCGAAAAACAAUAA